UUCUUGAGCGGUCGACGAGCACUUGGAUAAUAAAAAUUUAAAAGCCGAAGGUCGAAAUAUUAACGAGAAUGGGAACAGCGGUCGAAUGGGUAACAGCGGAGGACGCAUACGAGUGCACCCUCUCGAAGGAGACGCAGCAAAUCUCGAAGGAGGAGCUGAGGGAGGAUAAGAAUACCAGGGACCAGGCCCUCGAGCAGAUACGUAACUGGAUAAAAUUGAAUCCGCGUAUUCAGAAUUGUCGUCUCGACGCGCGAUUUUUGUUAAGAUUCCUAAGGUGUAAAAAAUUUAACGUCCCAAUGGCGGAGGAAGCGAUCGAGAGAUACUUGCUGCUGCGCCAGGUCUACCAUCCUGCCUUCAACAAUUUGGACAUCACGGAACCAACGAUGGAGGAGCUGUUGUCUUUGGGAUACCUGUUCGCUGCACCCGGACGCGAUGCCAAAGGCCGACGUGUUAUAAUUGCCAGACCAGGUGUCUUUGAUCCGCAUAAGUACACGAAUGCUGAUAUGUGUAGAAUUCACGCGAUCACUUACGAGUGUUUGAUGGAAGACGAGGAAAGCCAAGUACGAGGUUUCGUCCAUUUCGCCGAUGGUGCCGGUGUUAGCUUUCCGCACUUGACCCUCUUCACACCCAAGGAGGCUGUCCGUAUCGUGAAAAAUGGCGAGCGGACGAUACCGAUGCGGCAUAAGGAAGUUCACGCGAUCAACACGCAUCCUCUUAAAAUUGCCCUCGACUUUGGUAUGUCACUGAUCUCUGAAAAUAAGAAACGCGUGAAAAUUUACACAAGCCUCGAAGAAGCGAUCAAUCACAAGAUGGACACGAGUUUGCUUCCCAAAGAGUACGGUGGCACGAUGCCUAUGAAAGAGAUGAUCGAAUUGUGGAAGAAAGAAUUGCUCGACAUGACGCCAACGUUGUUGAGCCACGAUAAAAUGCGGGUUAAUUUGGAAUUGUACUCGGAAAAGGCUCGAGAGGGGGCGGUUUCGGCUUUGAAACAGGGUUUCGGGUGUUCCGACAUUGGGCCCAACGAUUCGACCAUGUACGGGAUCACAGGCUCUUUCAGGAAACUCGAGGUGGACUGAUCGCAUUGAUCGGUGGCUGCGCAUAACCCAUGUAUCGAAAUCCAGUUGGAUAUUCUAUUGUAAACUUAUUCUAUCUAUUGGAAACAAUGUUAUCAACUUUUUUAUAAGUAGUCAUUAAAUGUGAAAUCUCGUUAAGAUAUUGCUCGUGGCAGUGUAAAAAA